AUGUCCAAGCGAGCAUCUUCCUCAACUUCGACUAGCAUCAAUAGCCGAGGGGCGGUACUCUGUUGGCACAAGAAGCCAUGUGUGGUGAAUACAUCUGGAACCGAAGCGAACCCAGGAAGACAGUUCUAUGGGUGUCCAUUUUGGAUGGACGAGAAGAAGAACUGUCGUUUUUUUAGGUGGGUGCGAAUGAAUGUCGAUGAAGAUAAGCACCAUGACUCUGAAAUUGGGUGUUCGACUUUGAAUAUUGAAGAAAGUUUGAGGCUAGCUGAGUGUAAGGCGGAAAGGAGGAAGAAGGAGAAGAAACUUUUGGCUGAAGAGCUAUCAAGAUGGAUGAAGGCACAUGAAAUUAUGCUAGCUGAAGGAAGGAGAGUUAAUCAUGAAAUCCAUGUAAUUCAAGCUUUAUUGAUAGUGAUUGUCGUACUGAACCUAAUAUUGGUUAUUCUUAUGUUGCAUCACGUUAUUAUAUGGUAG